CUCUGCUGACGGCCAUACUUGAAAAUACAUUUUUUUCUGCAAAGUUUGUCAUUGUCACUGUGUGAAUGGAAUCUGUGAUGCGUUGUGGAAUUAAUAACGUGCAGUAAACGACCCGUAAUGGUUCAAGUGCCCUACGCGUCGGCGAAAGCAGUGCGAAUAACUAUGAAUUGAUACGAAAGUUGCAUAACACGUCGCCUGGUGUCGCGGUUAGUGUGUUUUUCGUCUCGUUUCGUUUCCGCCGCAGUCGCAAUUUCCAGAAAACCUCACCACACCACACCACCACCACCACCGCGCACGCACACACACACACAGACGCACGCAAGGGCAGAGACGCGGCGGCGGAAAAAGUGUGCGGACCGUGGAUAUAGCCCCUCGUUCCCAACCCGAAUCGGAGUCCCCAUCGAGUGUGGCGUAGCCAAUGUGCUGUGCGAUCCCCGCUGCCCCCUCCGUACCGCCGCCACCCCGCCACUGCAACAACGACGCACACGGACACGGCCACGGACACCAAUACCAGCGCACCCCAGCACGGCCGACAAAGAAAGAGCGACCUCUUCUUUGUACAGUUAGUUCCUCAGCGGAACGGCCUGAGAGGGGACUACUUGCCUGUCCCAGGGCGCAGGAGGUUGCAUGUGAGCCACGGAGGAGGAGCCGACAGCCCAGACCCUAGACCCACACCCCGAAACCCUCGCCGCGAGAGAAACCACACAACCAUGAGUCUCCUGGCCACGCCAAUGCCCCCGGCGGCCAACGCCUCAUCCUCCUCGUCGUCGGCCGCCUCCGCCAGCGGGAUCCCGCCCAGCGCCAACAACAACCUGCCGUUCGAGAAGGACAAGAUCUGGUACUUCAGCAACGACCAACUGGUGAACUCGCCCAGCCGCAGAUGCGGCAUCAAGGGCGACGACGAGCUGCAGUACCGCCAGAUGACCGCCUACCUGAUCCAGGAGAUGGGCCAGCGCCUGCAGGUCUCCCAGCUGUGCAUCAACACGGCCAUCGUGUACAUGCACCGCUUUUACGCCUUCCACUCGUUCACCCACUUUCACCGGAACUCCAUGGCGUCGGCGAGUCUCUUCCUGGCCGCCAAGGUGGAGGAGCAGCCGCGGAAGCUGGAGCACGUUAUCCGGGCUGCCAACAAGUGCCUGCCGCCGACCACCGAGCAGAACUACGCCGAACUCGCCCAGGAGCUUGUCUUCAACGAGAACGUGCUGCUGCAGACGCUGGGUUUCGAUGUGGCCAUCGAUCAUCCGCACACGCAUGUGGUGCGCACCUGCCAGUUGGUCAAAGCAUGCAAGGAUCUGGCGCAGACUUCGUACUUCUUGGCCUCGAACAGCCUGCAUCUGACCUCGAUGUGCCUGCAAUACCGCCCCACCGUGGUGGCCUGCUUCUGCAUUUACCUGGCCUGCAAGUGGUCCCGCUGGGAGAUCCCCCAGUCGACUGAGGGCAAACACUGGUUCUACUACGUGGACAAGAGCGUCUCGCUUGAUCUGCUAAAGCAGCUGACUGAUGAGUUCAUCGCCAUCUACGAGAAGAGCCCCGCCCGCCUCAAGUCCAAGCUGAACUCCAUCAAGGCGAUUGCCCAGGGAGCCAGCAACCGGACGGCCAACAGCAAGGACAAGCCCAAAGAGGACUGGAAGAUCACAGAGAUGAUGAAGGGCUAUCACUCCAACAUAACGCCGCCGCCGGAGCUGUUAAACGGCAACGACAAUCGGGAACGGGAGCGCGAUCGGGAGCGGGAGAGAGAUCAGUCGUCGCUGCUGCCGCCGCCGGCGAUGGUGCCGCAACAGAGACGCCAGGAUGGCAGCCACCCGCGCCCGUCCUCGGUGGGCGGUGUGCAGGGCAGCAGCUCCUCAUCGUCUUCCUCCAACCACAAGAUGCCAAACUAUCCUAGUGGCAUGCCCGAUGCGCAUCCAGACCACAAAUCGAAGCAGCCGGGCUACAACAAUCGCCUGCCCUCCAGUCACCAGAGUAGCAGAAGCAGCGGACUGGGCUCCUCGGGGAGCAGCAGCAGCCAGCGCAACAGCUCAUCCUCGUCGUCGUCGAGCCAGCAGCCCGGUCGACCGUCAAUGCCCGUGGACUAUCACAAACCCUCGCGUGGCAUGCCACCAGUCGGCGUGGCCAUGCCGCCGCACGGCAGCCACAAGAUGCCUUCGAGCUCUAAGCCUCAGCCGCCGCAGCAGCAGCCGCCGCCCCCUCAUCCAUCCGCCUCCAACUCAUCUGCACCGGGUAUGUCCUCCAAGGAUAAGUGCCAGAGCAGCAAGAUGUAUCCGAAUGCUCCGCCGCCAUACAGUAAUAGUGCCCCGCAAAACCCGCUUAUGUCACGUGGCGGUUAUCCUGGCGCCACCAAUGGGUCUCAGCCACCGCCUCCGGCCGGAUAUGGAGGGCAUCGCAGCAAAUCCGGCUCCACCGUCCAUGGCAUGCCGCCCUUCGAGCAGCAAAUGCCUUAUACCCAGAGCCAGAGCUACGGCCACAUGCAGCAGCAAGUGUCGCAGCCCCAGCAGCAACAGAUGCCCUCGGAGGCAACGCAGCACUCCUCUCAGUCUAAGAACUCGCUCUUCAGUCCCGAGUGGCCCGAUAUCAAAAAGGAGCCUCUGGCGCAGUCGCAGCCACAGCCUUUUAACGGACUGCUACCACCUCCGGCCCCACCGGGUCAUGACUACAAGCUGAACAGCCAUCCGCGCGACAAAGAAAGUCCCAAAAAGGAGCGACUUACGCCCACCAAAAAGGACAAGCACCGUCCUGCCAUGCCCAUGGGCAGCAGUGGUAGCAGUUCCUCCAGCUCAGGAUCAUCGAAACCCAUGCUUCCGCCUCACAAGAAGCAGCUGCCCCAUGGCGGGGAUAUGCUGGCCAAUCCCAGUGAAAGCGGCAGCCUGAAGCGGCCCAACGAAAUCUCGGGCAGUCAGUACGGACUGAAUAAGCUGGAAGAGUUGGACAGCAGUAGCAUGCCGCGCGAGAAGCUGCGCAAGCUGGACAAUGCAAGUGGCCUCCCGACUUAUCCCAACUACGAGGAAAAACACACGCCUUUGAAUAUGUCCAAUGGGAUAGAGACCACGCCGGAUCUAGUGCGCAGCCUGCUGAAGGAGAGUUUGUGUCCCUCGAACGCCUCGCUGCUUAAACCAGAUGCAUUGACCAUGCCUGGACUGAAACCACCGGCCGAGCUGCUGGAGCCCAUGCCCGCUCUGCCGACGACAAUCAAGAAAGAACCGGGAGUCACUCCCCUGACCAACCUGGCCGGAGGCCCCGCUCCUAUGGACCUGGAAGUGUCCACCAAGCUGGCCGCGGAGAUUAAGGAAGAGAGCAGCGGCAAGUCCGAGAAGAAAAAGAAGAAGGACAAGCACAAACACAAGGAGAAAGACAAGUCCAAGGACAAGACGGAGAAGGAGGAGCGCAAAAAGCACAAGAAGGACAAACAGAAGGAUCGCAACAGCAGCGGCGGCAGCAAGGACAGCUCGCUGACCAAUGAGCCCCUGAAAAUGGUGAUCAAGAAUCCUAACGGCAGCCUCCAGGCGGGCGCCUCGGCUCCCAUCAAGCUCAAGAUCAGCAAAAACAAGGUUGAGCCCAGUAACUACUCUGCAGCUGCGGGUUUGCCGGGAGCUGCUGGCUAUGGAUUGCCCCCGUCUACGGCUACCACGGCGUCCUCCGCCUCGAUCGGGGCUGCUGCUCCUCCUGCACUGCCCCCAUACGGCGCCGGCGGUGGGGGAUACAGCUCCUCGGGAGGCAGUAGUUCCGGUGGCAGCAGCAAGAAGAAGCACAGCGAUCGAGACCGCGACAAGGAGAGCAAGAAGAGCAAGAGCCAAGACUAUGCGAAAUACAAUGGAGCUGGUGGCGGCGGCGGCUUCAAUCCCCUCGUCGGUGCUGGCGCCGUUCCCAAUAUGAUGGGAGGAAUGGGCGCUCCGCUAGCGAGUGCCGCACCACCAUCGAUGCUGUUGGCGCCCACCAACGCUUUACCGCCCUCCGCCGCCGGGCUGGCACCGCCCCCCAUGCCCGUCUACAACAAGAAGUAGUGGUAGCGGUCAGCGGGUUAGUCCUUAAGUCUCACUUUUUGAUAUAUGUAUAGAACCUCAGUAAGUCCGAUUGUAGGCUAGUUGUUAGGUUUGAUGGUGAGGUGCGUUACUGAUUUUAGUUAUGCGCAUAGCUAAAACUCUAAAAACGAGUCGAGUCGAAUCGAGAGGAGAUGGUAGGAGCGAAGUAGAGGAGAAGGAGGUCGCGACGGGGCUGGCCGUAAACGCAAAACUCAAAACGCGAGAACUUUUGUACAGCAUUAAUUAAUUUAUAAUUAUAAUAAAUAGAGUACGUUAAGCCCACAUACACAAACAUAGACUAGUUGUAAGUGAGUUGUUGGCGAACGGAAUCCGAGACGCAGGCAGAAUAUUCACAGAGAGCAGCAAUGGCCGUCUAGCAUUUAAGUUAGCAAAUCAAAUACCCGUAACACACAAUGUAAGCUGUACAUAGCCACUCACAACACACACUCACACAAAUCGAGAGGUAUAUAGAACCGACUUCCGCUUAGCAAAUAUACUAAAUACGGCCCCAACUAAUGCAAGCCAGGCAGAGUAAGAAUUCAGAGUAACCCACACGGAGCACAUGGGCAGGAGCAGGAGGAGCAAGUAGUUGCGCCGGAGGAUUGAGCAUAGAGGUUAGAGGAAACGAAAGCCAGCGCUUUGAUUCUAAAUUGAAGACGCCAAACUACAUAAUAAAUUAUUUAAUUAAAUCCUAGUUGCUAAUCCGAAAAUGAAUGAAGAAGUGUAUCAUUAGUUAGCAAAGUUUUCUAUCCUUUUUGAACGAUUGCCUGUUUACCAACCGAUUCCCAAAUUCAUUUUCGACACAGCAAUAAUACGGUAGCGUGUUUUCAGUUUUCAAUGAAAAUAACUAAGCAGAUCUGAUUGUUUCAGCGGAGGAUAUUAUGUUACACGAUCGCCUGGAACGUUGACGUAGCUUUCAUUUGUUUUUAAUUUAUUUUUAAAUAGCAUUACGAAACAAAUUACCACAAAACAAAAAAACCAAAACAAAACAAAAACAAACAAAAAACCCCAAAACGAAAACAUAUUAUGCAAGCGAAAAAAAAACCGAAAACAAAAUUUUGAAUAAAAUAAAAUUGUUGUGCAAGAAAACAAAAAGGUUUAAAAAUUAUGUAAAAGCAAGCGAAAACGUUGUAAGCAAACUAAGCUAAGCGAACGAAAAACUAACAAAAGCUAAAGGAAGAAAAACAAAAGUUAGGCAUAUAGAAAACUAAGUGAGCUCUAUAUAUUCGAGGCGAAAAUGAGAAUGAAAUGAAAUUUUAUGUAAUUUUCGACUAAGCAGAGGUUAAGCGAACGUUGCGCGUUUUUCAGAACUAUUCGUACUCGUAUAUUCGUAUUCGAUUUCUCUACUACUGCAUUAAGCUGCAAGCAUAUAUAGCUCUAAACACACCACACACAUCUAUACACACACCCCACUCACUCGAGAUCAUUUACUUUAAGUUGGGAACCCGAGAAACCCGUUUCCAAUCGAUCGAUCUCCCACCCUCGAUCGAGUGAAUGCGUAAUUUGUAUCUAAGGUUAAAAUUUUCUUUUACAUACUUAUUCUUGGCCCCAUACCCCCACCCCAUCCCCCGCCCUCGCCCCUCCUAACUUAAGUUUGUACAUACUUAGAAAGCAAAUGGAAAACCCGCGCUCGGGAGGCGGGCAGGUGUCGGGUUUCAUUGGGACUGUUUGGUUGUGCGUUCGAAUAUGGAGCACUCGACACCUGCCCGACUCCCGAGGGCACGAAUAAAAAUCUUCAAAACCAGGCAAAAAUUCUAAACAAAAAACAAUAAAAUCCAAAAAUAAACAACAAAAAAAUCAGGAAAAAAUUAAA